UUCCAGCAGAACAGCUGCAAGGCGUUUCAUUGACACCACAUUUCCCAAAAUGGAUCUAAUUCGGGCAAGGGACGAGGUAGAUCUCCAUGGAGGAGAUGAGGUAGUUCGCCACAUCCUUGAGGGAGUCAAUCUUGUUAAUGUUUUGGCAAACAGCCACCUGGACUCCCUAAAGGAAAGAAAUAAAUUGGUGAAAGAGAAGGAGUAGCUCGGCAUGCAGAAGGAGGAUGCUGAGAAAAAUGUGGUGAGCUUAACCUCGGAGUUGGAUAAGCUCCUAGAUGAAGUGGCCACGCUGAAGAAGGCUGCCAAGCUUGCACACCAAAAGAGAAAAGUUUGUAACGAAAAUCUUUCCAAGAGGGACGGGCAAAUUGCCAAGAUGGGGAAGAAAGUUGAGGAACUGCAACAAGAUGUUGAGUUGCGGAUCCAUAAUUCCAUGGAGAUUCACAUUUACGAGUUUGUCAAGUCUAGCACGUUUUCCAAUAUCGUGGACCUCUAUUGCCUUCCUACUAUGGUGUUGGCCUUUAGCAAUUGUAGGAAAAAGGUGAAGGCACAGCAUCUCGAGGUGGACAUUACCAACAUCACAUUGGGACCUCAAGAAGAAGGGUUGGGGGAAAAUGAUGAGAGCUUGAUUGCUGAUUUCCAACCUGAGGUGACACUCAAAUGGGAUGGAGAUGAGAAUGGCCGCGUCGUUUUCCUAUCGAGCUUCAACUAUGAGUUCGUCCCUAUUGACAAGGAGGAAGUUUAGGUUGUUGGGGGUCCCGAAGUGGGAAACAACGUGCAAAAUAACAAAGUGGAUCAACAGCACCAGCUUAUUGAAUGAGUUCAUCUCAGUUGGUUGUUUUUGACUCAUUUGUAUUUUGGACAGUGAAAAUUUAUAUAAAAUUUGAACUUGACA